AUGGAGGUUCUGAAGGAGCUCCAUGCAUCCAUCGCCGAAGCAUGUGAGGCGUCAUUUAGUACUGCCUAUCGAAAUCUGCAGUCCCAAAAUGCCAAUCUCCAAAAAAGAACAGAAGAAGCAGAAAGGAAUGCCGCAACUGCCAGUGCGGCUCAGCAAGCUACAGAAAAUCGAAACCAAGAGCUCCAAUCACACAUAGCUGCUCUUCAGGAGCAGCUCCGCCACUUUGAAAGCAAGCCUGAAGAUCUGGAACUCCCAAAUCAACUCAGUCAUUUGGAAGAUGAGUUUGCUCCGGAGCAUGUAUUGACAACAAUCAACCAUGACAAUGUCGACCAGUUGAAGAAAACUUUCAUGAAGAAAUACUCGGCACUCUAUGCCAAUCUUCAAACACUCUCUCAAGGCUGGGGCAGUCUCAAGACAAAAGUCCUCCAGCAUAAGAAGAAACUGCGUCAUUGGGACAGGCAACUGGAACGAAAUGAGUUUACACUUAUACUCAAUGGUUCACCCGUCACAUUUCGAAGAACCCAGAUUGCGAAGGAGGGAACAACGAACACGCGUAUUCCUGCAGGCCCCGCAAAUACGGUAUCUAAUGAAAUUCAUGUCAAGACGGAAGAGCAGAGCCAGCCCAUAAAUUUGGGAGAGCAUCCAGAAGCAGCUCUCCUCGCACAGAGCCAAUCUGGCGUCGACUCAAUACCAUCAGAAGCAAACUCGGACACUCUUCCUCUGCUACCCGACAUCAAGAAUCUGAAACGGAAACGGGUAGUAUCUUCUGUCAAAUCUUCUAAACCCAGAGAGGCAGUUCCCUCGCGGUCUGGAGCCGUCAAGAACGAACCCAUUUCUUCGAGUCCGCCACAGAAUUCUAUCCAUUCCAUUGGCCAGCAUUUUCCAAGCACCCAGGAUCUGGACGCAAUUGGCCAGACUGUUCAAACACCCACCAAGCGAAAGUCUCGAAGAGAGGCCUCUCGCCAGGGAAACCAAGGGCACGAGGACGAGUGUAGUCCUGUCAACCCGCUCCUAAAAAAGCCAGAUGAUCGAUCGUUUCAAACGCCCUCGAUUCUUAACCCCAUUGAUGGAAACUCAAGAACAAGUGGGCAAUCGAACAGAGAGUCCCGGAGUAAGAAGCAGAAGAUCAGGAGCCAACGUGCCACACUGGUAAAGACCGAGGUCUGUGACUCUGAGGAGGAGUGUGACGAUCAAGCUCAAGCCAGCGAACAAGCCUCGAAGAACACCUCAGCAGCUCAACCGAAUGCAAAUGCAAAUGCAAAUUCACAUGAGAUAUGCGAACCACCACCCCACGCCGAAUUGCCCCAAGUUCCACACGGUGCGGUGGCUACUUCAAGUUCAAAUCGAAAUAUAGUUGAGUCUUCUAAACGUCAGCCACCAACACCGAUGGCAACCGACGAAACGGAAUCUCAAUCAUACCCCGAAGUCAGACCCGAAGACGAACCAUACCGAUCCCGACCCCUCCACCGCCUAGACUUAUCCCAUUUCAAGAUAAAUCCAGAAGGCAACCAAGGAAUGGACUACGCAUAUAGCACCGUAGUGCGAAAGAAAGACGAUCGCAAAUGCCUUUCCGGCUGCACGCGUCCCGGCUGCUGUGGAGAUCGCUUUCGCGCGAUGGCUCGCCUUGGAGGCCUCCCUACGAACAACCAAGAGCAGGAAAAUCAACAAAUACUGGAAGAAUACCUAGGUGAAGAACGACAUCGUCUCGAGGGGCUUAGCUCAGAAGAUCGCGAGCGUCUACUAAUCGAAGCCAAAGCUCGAGUCAUCGCCAAUCAGUACGGAAAACACCGUCAUACUCACCAGCGAGCUCGAACACCGCCAGGUUUCUGGCGAACUGAGAUGCCCGAUACGCAAGAACUAGAAGCAGACUGGGCAGCUGCGGGGAAUCUGGAGCGAGACAAGGUUGAGGAACGAUACCGUGAAGCGAUGCGUCCGGGGGGUCUUUGGACUUGGGCGGAUGAGUGA